AUGUCCAGCUUCGGUUCCAAAAGAAUGGCUGCUUCAAGUGCUGUCACCGCAGGCUACGUCCUCAAGCCACCUCCAUUCUCUCUGGAUGCUUUGGAGCCACAUAUGAGCCGACAAACUCUGGAGUUUCACUGGGGAAAGCAUCACAGGGCUUACGUGGACAACCUCAAGAAACAGGUUCUUGGAACAGAGCUUGAAGGCAAAACCAUAGACCACAUUAUCCACACCACUUACAACAAUGGCGAUCUCCUCCCUGCUUUCAACAACGCUGCUCAGGCGUGGAACCACGAGUUCUUCUGGGAAUCAAUGAAGCCCAAUGGUGGAGGAAAACCAGCAGGAGAGCUUCUUGCUUUGCUUGAAAGAGAUUUCACUUCUUAUGAGAAGUUCUAUGAUGAGUUCAAUGCUGCUGCAGCCACUCAGUUUGGAGCUGGCUGGGCCUGGCUUGCUUAUGCAAAUGACAAACUCAAAGUAGUGAAAACUCCAAAUGCCGUGAAUCCCCUUGUGCUCGGCUCUUUCCCAUUGCUUACCAUUGAUGUCUGGGAGCAUGCCUACUAUCUCGACUUUCAGAACCGGAGACCGGAUUACAUAAAGACAUUCAUGAACAAUCUCGUCUCUUGGGAGGCUGUGAGUGCCAGACUUGAGGCCGCAAAGGCUGCUUCUUCCUCUUCUGCUUAA